AGGGAUUCUUUUUCCUAAAACUACCGUUUUGGAUAUUUCGUUGCUACAGCCUUGAGCUUUUGAGGACGUCUCAUUGCAAGCCCGUCGCUUAUUUCUCCCUCUAGGGCUUUGUUUGGUUUCUUCUUCUCAGACUAUGCGUUCUUUCGAUCAGAUGAUGGCCAGGAAGAAUGAGGCCUAGAUGGUGGAUAUUUUGAGGCUGCUCUCUAUGUUUGAUAUGCAUUUGAUUAUUGAAACAUAGUAGGGGUUUUAUCUUUGUCUUCAUUUGGGAGUUGGAAAUCAACAUAUACCAGAUAUCAGUGAAGUUGUAUUAGGUGAAAUGGUGAUGCAGAGUUCCCUUCCUAGUUCAACUGAAGCUACUCUAUUUUUUGUAUCUGAUCAUGGGAAAGUAGAGGACUUGCGUGAUUGGAGGCCAGGCACUGAAACUUGGCAGAUGGGUUCGAAUUGUGAUAAACACACUCAUGGUCAGUGCAGAAAUGCUGAACCAGUAAUAGAGGAAAAGGAUAAUGCUAAUACUCCGAACUCGUUAAAUUUCCCUAGAAGUUAUGCCCAGCCAUCAAAUGUUAGUACAAUAUCUGAAAGCUGUAUGCCAAAUUUUGUAUAUAGACGAAGGAAGCUACGGCAAAACUCUCUCACCAUUCUUUCACCACAGGCCCCUGUAAAUAUGAAGAAAAGUGCUGAUUGUCAUUCAGUCAUAAGUUCUGAUACACCUUCUGUGGCAGCCAAGGAAAAGCUUGUAGAUUUUCAAGGUUGUCAAGUUGAGCAUGAAAGUCAUACUGUUGGAGCGCCGACUAAGGCUUCUCUUUUAUGCAUAAAAGAUCCCUGCGUUUUUAAGUCACGAUCUAUAAAUGGAUGUUCAGUUGGGGAUGGGCAUGCUUCUGAUGAUGUGCUAAAAAGUGGCAGGCAAAAGAUUUUACAGGUUGAUAGUGUAAAUGACAGUUGCUCAUCGUCACAAUCAAAUAUGGAACAUGUUUCAGCUUCCAUAGAGACUGAAGUGGAUGACACUGGUGAAUGCUCUUCAUCUAGUGUGAUGGCUAUGGAGGUCAAGGGGGAAGAUCUUUCAGAAAAUGAUUUAUGCAUUUCUAUACUUAGAUGUCAGGGUUUGGUUGGUGUUUUGCCUGCCAAGAAUGAUGAUUCUACUGAAGAUACUGGUCCUAGUAGUGGAAGUAGCUGUUCCCGAUUAUGCAAUAUUUGUGGUCAUUCAGAUACUACAAUGAACAUGCUUAUUUGUGAUCAUUGUGAAGAGGUAUUCCAUGUCUCUUGCCUCAAUCCCCGUAUGAAGAAAAUACCAACUGAUGAUGAUGAAUGGUUUUGUUAUUCUUGUUUGAAAAAGAAAUGUAAAAUUCCAAAGGAAACAGACACCUUAAAAUCACCGAGCAUUGCUAGUGAAAUGGGCAGAUGUAGAAUCACAUCAGUUAAAGGUGACUCAAAUCCAAUACUAUCGAUGUUGAGAGAUACUGAACCAUAUAAAAUGGGUGUCCGGGUUGGUAAAGGUUUUCAAGCAGAAGUUCCCGACUGGUCAGGUCCGAUAAUUAAUGAUGUUGAUGCCGUAGGUGAACCAGUGGAAAUGAAUCCUUCAGAGUGUGUUACUUCACAUGAAUGGAACGUCAACAAGCCUUGUGCACUAAACUCCAUAUGUAAUUGGCUUCAGUGUCGAGACGUUAUAGACGGCAUAGGAGAAGGUGUAAAUGGAACUAUAUGUGGAAAGUGGCGCAGGGCUCCUCUUUGUGAAGUCCAAACUGAUGACUGGGACUGCUUUCGCUCUGUCCUUUGGGAUUUAACCCAUGCUGAUUGUGCCGUCCCUCAGGAGCUAGAAACAGAUCAAGUUCUAAAGCAACUAAAAUAUAUUCAGAUGCUGAGGCCCCAGCUAGCUGCCAAACGGCGAAAGUCAGAUCAUACAAAGAGUGAUGGUGAUCAUCAAAAACCUACAGUUAAACAUAUGGUGAGAACUGCUUGAUAAUUUUGUCUAGAGCGUCCUUACAACUUGGCUUCCUGUGUCUUGUACACUCAAGGACAUUGAAAUCCAAAUUGAAUUAGGCAUUCUACACCACUGUUGUCUAGCAUUAUAAUCGUUAUAGACAGAUGAAACAGAACAUAGAUGUCUCGUUCCAUGUCUAUUCUCCCUCCUCCUGCUAUCUUCAUCCGUUCUUACUUUCA